AUGAGUCUAAGUCGAAGAGGCGCCACACGGGCAAGAAGUGCACUAGCGACCAUUAUAAGAAGGCAGCAUACUCUACCGCAUAGUCAACUGCCGAAACGAGCUAGCCAAGGGCUCGAUUACGAAUUUGUCAAAUCAGAGGAUCGUUCGAGAGCAGAGAUUUUGAAAAACUAUUUAUCACAAGAACAAGUUCUUAGUCAUCUUGAGGGAGAAGAAGACGGUCCACUGCAGUUUGAAGACCGAUCUCCUUUUAGAAAUGAAGACGGAUCAUUAAUCAAGGGUAAUAAUGCUUUGGAAGCUAGACUAGAUAACCGAACUUUGCAAGGAAGAGUAGAUCAUUCUGUGACCGCACUACCAUCUGAGAUUGCCAAAACGAUUCAAAACAAUAUCUUGAGCACCACCAUUCCGGCAAAACUAAGAGAACGUGUGGUCUCGAUGUAUCAGAAUUUGCAAAAGAGUCAGAUACAACAAGCACCACUGAGCGAGCUUGAUUGCAAUGCUCACAUUGCUGGUCUUUUUUUACAAGAUUAUAGUCAUGUUAAGCAGGUACUUGGUGAGUUGAGACACAGGGUCGGCCAUGACCAAUUUAAUCCAAGGAGAGUGUUGGAUAUAGGGUAUGGACCAGCAACGGGGGUUGUGGCAUUGAACGAAAUCAUGGGACCAGACUGGGUCCCUGAAGAAAAAGAUGCUUACAUUGUAGGAAGAAAGAAUAAUGAAAUGAAGAAAAGGGCCAAGAUAAUCUUGUCAAGGCAAGUGAAUGAGAAUUUUUCAGGUACUGGCGAACCCAGUGAGCAUCAAGUCGAUGAAGAAAAGGAAUAUGUGGGUCCAAUCGAUGCCAAAAGAAUUCAAAUUCGAACCAAGUUGAGAGAUAGUAUGCCAGUGACAAAGAGUUACGACUUGAUCAUUGUGCAUCAUUCGCUUCUUACUAGAGAGUACAAUUUCCCCAAUGAUGUUGAUGAGAAAAUGAGAAUGAUUUUAAACUUGCUUGCCCCAAAUGGGCAUUUGGUUCUUGUUGAGCGAGGCAAUUCGGUUGGGUUUGAAACCAUCGCAAGGGCAAGACAGUUGAUGAUACGUCCAGAGAACUUUCCUCACGAGUUGGGCAAGAUUCCGCGUCCCUAUGUUAGUGGCUCUAGUGGUAAACCACAACACUUGAAGAAGGAGGAUACGAUGAUUAACGAGGACGAUGUGGAGUUUGAAAAGGAAAUGUUGGCGAAAUUAGACUUGGAAGAGGCUAGAGAACAAGGUAUCAACUUGGAAACUGAAUUGGACUCUAAAUUUGGUAAGCUCAACGAAGAAGAAAUGAAGUUUGACGAAGAAGACGAUCCAAAUUUUGAUGUGCUUGAUGUUGAAGCAGCUGUGAGCGAUUCUUCUUUAGAAAAAAUUGAUUACCACUUGAAGGUGAUUGCACCAUGUCCACAUCAUAGAAAGUGUCCUUUGCAAUUGGGUGAUCCAAAGUAUUAUAAAAUUCCGUCACAUAAGCAUCGGUUAAACUUUUGUUCGUUUUCCAAAAUUAUGGAAAGACCGGAUUAUACAAUGGAGUUGAAAAAGGGUAAGAAGUUGGCGGUGAAAUGGGACAAGAAUUCCGUUGAUGGAAUUGGUACACUUCGUCGUAGUGAGUUGAAGAAACUUGGUGGUAAAGGUAGACCAGGCGGUAGGGAUACCGAAGAUGGUUCCUAUUCCUACUUGAUUGUUGAGCGAAGCAACAACACUGAAAAAUCCAUUGCCCAAAUCAACAAUCUCCGUGAUUAUAGUAACAGCGACAAUUCACCUGUUGGUAAAGACGACAUCAACAAUUGGCCAAGAAUUGUUAGAACACCAGACAAGUUGAAGAAAAAUGUUAAAUUGACUGUUUGUUCUAGUGAAGGGAACAUUGAAACGUGGCAAAUUCCUCGAUCCUUGGGUAAACAAGCUUAUCAUGAUGCAAGAAAAGUCCAAUUGGGUGAUUUGUGGGCAUUGGAUAAAAAGGCAAGCACCAAGAGACUGCCAAUUUCAAAUGAGGUAAAAUCCAAAUUGGACACCUUGUACAAGACCCAGAAAAAGACAUUUAAGAAGGAACAACAACGUAAGGUUUGGAGAAAAAAGGUUGGUGUUAGUGAAAGUGAAUUUGAUGAUGGGUUCUUGGCAACAGAAAUGAUGGCAAGUAAAUUGGAAAGUAGUCGCUCGUACAGGAAACAAGGAAAGCGAUUGGAUACAAAUCCAGAAGAGUAUGAGGGAAAGUGA